UUACAAGCUAUUACUCUUGAUAAUGCAACUUCAAAUAAUGUUGCAAUAAAUGAGCUAGUUAGUUGUAUUUUAUGUGAAUUACCUAUUAAUAUUAAUAAAGAGCUUUUUCAUAACCGUUGUCUAGCUCAUAUUCUAAACCUUAUUGUAAAGGAAGAUUCAUAG